ACAUCUUGGACAAGAAGAGAGACAGAGUGAGAGAGUGAGAGAGGAGGAGAGGGGGAUUCUAUUCUAAAGACUUUCCGCUUUUAGGCUGUACAUCGCUUUGCGUUUUGGGAGAGAGGAGGAGAAGAAGAAAAAAAAAACGACCUCUAUCCUUUCAUCUGUCAUUCGGAGAGCCGAGUUACCUUUGGUAACCUUUGGCUGGAGAAGACAAGCGCGAGGACAGAGCCAGAGGUGGGAUUAUUAUUUCCUGUCAACCUUUACGACUGGUCGAGAUUGUGUCGUCAUCAUCCUGGAUUCUGGAUUAGUUUCUCCAAAAAUAAAAACGCCAGGUGCCAGUGGAGACUAGAGCGAUGAAGACUCUAUCCCUCCUCUUCCUCCUGCUCCUUGCCUCGGGAGCCUGUGACGACGUCAAGUACAUCUCCAAGAGGAAUUCAGUGGAUGGAUGCAUAGACUGGUCGGUGGAUCUGAAGGAGUACCAUGUUCUGGCUGGGGAACCCGUUCGGGUGAAAUGUGCCUUGUUCUAUAGCUACAUCCGAACCAACUACACCAUGGCAACCAACGCCAAGCUGCGCCUCAUCUGGUACAAGAACAAAGGAGAUGCUGAGGAGCCUAUCAUCUUCUCAGGUCAUAGACUGAGUAAAGAAGAUGACUCCAUCUGGUUCAGAUCUGCUGAAAUGGAAGACAAUGGCUUUUACACCUGUGUACUAAGGAACUCGACCUACUGCGUGAAAGUGUCCAUGUCGAUGGCUGUGGAAGAGAGUGAUGAGGGGAAAUGCUUCAGCAGCAAAAUCCGACAUCUAGAGAAAGCUGAGAUAACCCAUGGGAAAAUGAUCACCUGCCCUGAUAUAGAAGACUAUUUGGCUCCAUACAAGCAGCCACAGAUGACCUGGUAUAAGGAGUGUGAGCGGGUUGAAUGGAGAAGCUCUAUCACUAUUAACAAUACACACAUCUGGAUUCCUGAGGUAGAGGAGGGCGACGGGGGAAAUUACACCUGUGAGUUACAGUAUGGAUCCAGACUGGUGCGGCGGACAACAGAACUUAAAGUGACAGCUCUGCAGACCACUCAGCCUCCCAAGGUCCUUUUCCCCCCGCAGAGGCAAGACACCACGAUAGAAAUCACGCCUGGUAUGCCUCUCAGUCUGGAAUGCAAGGCGUUUUUCGGCUACAGUGGAGAAAACAGAAGGCCUAUUAUCUACUGGAUGAAAGGAGAAAAGUUUGUCGAAGAACUAGCGGGACACAUUAAAGAAAGUGAAGUCAGGAUUUUGAGGGAGCAUUUAGGGGAGAAGGAGGUGCAGCUAUCCCUAAUGUUUGAUGCUGUGGAGGAGGCAGACCUGGCCAACUACACCUGUUAUGUGGAGAACCACAUAGGGAGGCGCAGUGGGAGUGCUAUACUGCAGAAGAAAGAUAUGUAUCGUCUGGAGUUGGCUGGUGGUCUGGGGGUCAUAUUGUUGCUGCUGGGAGUCCUCACGGCACUGUAUAAGUGUUACAACCUGGAGAUCAUGCUCUGCUACAGGAGACACUUUGGAAGCGAUGAGACGGAAGAUGAUAAUAAAGAAUAUGAUGGCUAUCUGUCCUACACUAAAGUGGACCUUGACUGUUUGGGCAGCAGGAUGAGCAGCGAUGAGGAAACAUUUGCUUUGGAGAUCCUGCCGGAUGUUUUAGAGAAACAUUGUGGAUACAAGCUGUUUAUACCAGACAGAGAUCUAAUACCCAGCAGUACCUACAUCGAGGACUUGGCUCGUAGCGUGGAGCAGAGCAGACGCUUGAUCAUCGUUUUGACUCCAGAGUUUGUCGCCAAAAGAGGGUGGAGCAUCUUCCAGAUAGAGACACGCCUCCACUCCAUGCUGGUUACCGGGGAGAUCAAGGUGAUCAUGAUAGAAUGUGCAGACCUGAAGAAUGUCAUUAACUAUCAAGAGGUGGAAGCACUUAAACAUACAAUCAAGGCUUUAUCCAUCAUCAAGUGGAGGGGUCCUAAGAGCAACGAGCUGUCCUCUAAGUUUUGGAAACAAGUGGUCUACGAGAUGCCUGCGAAACGCAGAGAGACGCUGUCUAGACGCCAGGUGAUGGACUCUGGUGAACAGGGCCUCUUUGGUGACCUACAGACCACCGUCUCCACCAUUGCCAUGACAACCACCUCCGCCUCCUUGGCACCCCCUAAUGAUAGUCGCCAUGGACAUCAUCAGGUUGCCUUGGCGACAGAGAUCCCCGACUACAACCAGAUGACAUUGCCGCUGGGAGGCGGUCACACUGCCACAGCGGCCCAAAUGAGGCAUUUCUGCCGCAGCUACGAGUUCACGCUUCCCCCACAGCCUUCCUCCAUGUCGCCUCCCCUCCCACCUCCCUCCACCGUGCAAUUCUCCACUCUGGGCCCCGGGGGGCGCCACGUCUAUUGCAACAUCCCUAUGACACUGCUGAAUGGACAGGGGUUAGGAGCAGUUCACUGGGGAACAAGAGGUGACCCAGAGCAGUACGCUUGGGAAGAAGCCAGAACUCCACCUGAACAGCACCUUCGUACCGCUCACCAGCAGAGAACUAAGCUCUGACAUCUGGUAGAGGGACUGCUCAACUGGUACUGGAUCGCAGACCGGUUUACAGACUGCUUUUAAACUUGCUUUGGAAAUGGGGUUGACUGGUUGGUCGACUGGUUUUCAUUGGAUUUUUGGACUGUGUACAGCCUUGGUUUUCUAGAGGGACUGCUUGUGAACUGCCUGCACACUAGUUUUAGGCCACUUCGUCCCGCCUUGUGAACAAAGGACUGCUCAAAGACUUAAGCCUUGGAUUCACAAUUGUUGGAUAUACUGGCUGCAGACUGCUAACAGAAAGACAGAUUCAGAUCCUAAAACUGAUUGUAUGCUGAUUUUGGACACACCAACUGGAUACAAACUGAUACACUGGUAUGUAAGCUUUGUAGCCAUGACCAUUGGAAAGGAGCGCUGUUACACAACACGUCCUACACAUUUGACUGGUGCAGAGAAUUUGUAGACAUGUAUGGACAUGUGUAUGUAGUGAACUGGAAAAGUCAAUGAAAAGAUCCAGGAUACUUAAACAAUGAGUAGGUAUCCCCAAACAGGAGUGCUCCAUUUGUCAAAUAAGCUACCAAGUUGGACCAUGGAGCACAAAAAAAAGAAAGAAAAAAAAAGCAAGUACCUCUCAAAUUGUCGUCUGCCACCAGCCGUGUACCCGGAAAACAAGUUGAUUUGUCAGCUGCUCAACUUCUCGGAAAUAUCGGUUCAAGGAAAAACUAAAGUAGCGUAAUCUCGGGCGACCAGUCGACCGCCUGCCUAGCUGAGUUCUCAGUAUAUCCAUCUACCUGUUGACUAGGUGGCUUGUCAGUUAACGAGGCAGACUUCAAGCAAUGAUUUUUGGAAUACCAGUCCACCUUAAAACAACAAGUCAACCUCUUGAAAUACAAUUCCUGGCUAGCUAGCCUGGUUUGGUUCUUAGAAGCUUAUAAAUGGUUGACUUAGAAAUGGAUUCCAGCAAGAAUAUCCAGAUAAGGAGUGACGCGUGGAGCAAUUGCUAAACUUAUUAAUAACUGAGAAAGCACAGUCAGCUGGUGUAUAUGGAAACAUAGCUAGUUACCUCCUGAGCUAAAAAGGCACAGAGAGACUGCAAACUAGCCAGCUCACCUUGUAACCCAGUAUAGAGCAACUAGUCAACUCAUCAAGAGGUGAACUGGCCAAGAGGUGACCUACCAACGUUUACCACCAAGCUAAAAGCUUAAAGGACUUGGCUUUUUCUAUUUGCAUGACCACCCAUUUAGAUAAAAAAAAAAUCAUAAAUAAUAAUAAAUAUAGAUAACAGAGUAAAUGACACAAUCAUUUCUCACAGCCUCUCUUAAUAUGGAGGAGAAUAAACCAAUCUUAUGUUGAUACAGUAUAUUUGUUUUCUGUCCGGCCAUGAAGUGAUGAUAAAAAAAAAAACUGAUAAAGGGAAAAAAGGAGGUGUCCCUCCAAAAACAUUUUGAUUUUCUUUAGUUUUAUUUAAGAAUGUUAUGCUUUUAGAAAGUUGGUGAGCAUUUUAGCCAGUCUUUGUUUUCAAUGUUUGUUACAAUAAUCUCUGUACAGCUUCCAUAAGUUAUGCAUAGACCUAAUACAUGACAGUGAUUUGUUCCCUGCUAUUUCUGUUAACUCCCACAUUGUGUGUGAGAUUCAGAGCCUCUUUUUGCUUUCAUGUUGGAUGGAUGGAUGGAUGGAUGGAUGGACAGAUGGAUAGAUGGGUAGACGGAUGGAUAGAUGGGUGGAUGGAUAGAGGGAGGGAGGUCGGAAUGGUUGGGUGGGUGCUCACGGCAGUACAACCUUGCUAACGGACCACUACCAGUUAGCCAAGUGGGGUGGUCCCUGCAUACAGAGCCGGAUUUCAGGCUGAACCAGACCACAUUCUUCUUUUUUAAGAAACCAAGAUUAUUACCAUAAUAUUUAAGCAAAGUGAAUAAUGUUUUGAAUUUACACAAAGGUACUGUCAUUGUCUUAUUAGAACCAAUGAAUUCUGGAUAUUUGAGAUUUUUUGAUACAAUUAUUAAUUAUUUGAGUUGUUACAUUCGAUGGCAAUAUACAGUAUAGUGGUUGUCUUUUGAGUUCUGCUCAUUUCUUUGACUAUUCUUUGGAUAUAUUGGUUGAAAUAAUUUA